CAUGAUUCCUUUCUCUACAUACUUUCUACGUCUCUCUCUCUCUUUCUUUCCUCCUUUGAUUAAUUUUUUUUUCUAGGGUUUCCCAAUGAGACCAGCUCGGAGAAGGAGAAUAUGGGUUUGAGAACUGAUUCGGCUUCGUUUCGAGUUUCUAACGGCUGAGUCAACUCGGUGAUUCCUCCUCUGCUUUGUGUAAUAAAGUCUGUAGCUUUCUUGUUUUUAUUUUCUAUUCUCCAGUGAAUGGUCGAAUCUUUCUUCGGUGUUUGCAAAAGUGGAAAGAUCUUCUUUUUAUUCUUCUUGGUGUUGGUGUUUGGACUUUAAAAGUAGAAAGGACUAGUCUUGUCUUGUGUGUUGUGUAACCCUUUAGAGAUCACAUGAGAUGGAUGGGCAUUGAGUGAGUAUCUUUAGGUUUUUAGAUUUGGUAGUGGAUUAAGUAAAGGAGUGGACUUUGGUAUCUGGGUCUUAUCUGGAGUAAGGGAGUAAUGGAGAUGUCUUACAAGGAUGGGAAGAUGGGAUGCAUGGACAAUGGGAAGUAUGUGAGGUACACACCUGAGCAAGUUGAAGCACUUGAGAGGCUUUAUCAUGACUGUCCUAAACCCAGUUCUAUUCGCCGUCAGCAGUUGAUCAGAGAGUGUCCUAUUCUCUCCAACAUUGAGCCUAAACAGAUCAAAGUAUGGUUUCAAAACCGAAGAUGCAGAGAGAAGCAAAGAAAAGAGGCUUCACGGCUUCAAGCUGUGAAUAGGAAGCUGACGGCGAUGAACAAGCUGUUGAUGGAGGAGAAUGAUAGGUUGCAGAAGCAAGUGUCACAGCUGGUUCAUGAAAACAGCUACUUCCGUCAACACACUCCCAAUCCUUCACUUCCAGCUAAAGACACAAGCUGUGAAUCGGUGGUGACUGGUGGUCAGCACCAAUUAGCAUCACAUAAUCCUCCAAGAGAUGCUAGUCCUGCAGGACUUUUGUCCAUUGCAGAAGAAACUUUAGCAGAGUUUCUUUCAAAGGCAACUGGAACCGCUGUUGAGUGGGUACAGAUGCCUGGAAUGAAGCCUGGUCCGGAUUCCAUUGGAAUCAUUGCUAUUUCUCACGGUUGCGCUGGUGUGGCAGCACGCGCCUGUGGCCUAGUGGGUCUCGAGCCUACAAGGGUCGCAGAGAUCGUCAAAGAUCGGCCUUCGUGGUUACGCGAAUGCCGAGCUGUUGAUGUUAUGAAUGUGUUGCCAACCGCCAAUGGUGGAACCAUUGAACUGCUUUACAUGCAGCUCUAUGCACCAACUACGUUGGCCCCACCACGUGAUUUCUGGCUGUUGCGUUAUACUUCUGUUUUAGAAGAUGGCAGCCUUGUGGUAUGCGAGAGGUCUCUUAAGAGCACUCAAAACGGUCCUAGUAUGCCACCGGUUCAACAUUUUGUUAGAGCAGAGAUGCUUCCCAGCGGAUACUUGAUACGGCCUUGUGAUGGUGGUGGCUCCAUCAUACACAUUGUGGAUCAUAUGGAUUUGGAGGCUUGUAGUGUGCCUGAGGUCUUACGCCCUCUCUACGAGUCACCAAAAGUACUUGCACAGAAGACAACAAUGGCAGCGCUGCGCCAACUCAAA